AUGAGAAUCUGGAAAAAUGGCAUGAAGGACGAUCUGGCCACAUUGUCGAGCCAACACAGCGGAUACGAGCUUUGGAUCACUGGUCAUUCUCUUGGAGGAGCCAUGGCUUCGUUGGCCGCCUCUUACAUCGCCCACAACAAGCUGUUUGCAGCUGACAAGCUUCCGGGACAUAUUGAAGUGAAAAUAUUCCAGAUCAAAUUGGUGACGUUCGGACAGCCUCGCACUGGAGAUAAGGACUAUGCCGCUGCGGUAGAGAAAGAAGUUCCAUACGCCUUCCGAGUGACGCAUUCCCACGACUCAGUUCCGCAUCUACCGCUGGAGAACAUGGAGGGCUACUACCAUCAUAAAACUGAGGCGUUCUACAAAAAAGGAAUGGCCGUAGGUGCUCACUAUUACGUAUGCUACGAUAUGGGAGAAAGCACCUUCUGUUCGGAUGGCAAUCUAGCCGACACCUCCAUAAAAGACCACCUUCACUAUUUCGAGAAAGACGUUCCAUACGCCUUCCGAGUGACGCAUUCCCACGACUCAGUUCCGCAUCUACCGCUGGAGAACAUGGAGGGCUACUACCAUCAUAAAACUGAGGCGUUCUACAAAAAAGGAAUGGCCGUAGGUGCUCACUAUUACGUAUGCUACGAUAUGGGAGAAAGCACCUUCUGUUCGGAUGGCAAUCUAGCCGACACCUCCAUAAAAGACCACCUUCACUAUUUCGAGAAAGACGUUUCUGAGUACGGAGUCAAGGGCUGCAAGUAA